CUGAGGUAGUGUUGCACAACUUCCCAUCUCAUUUUAGUUCCCAUGCAGUGCAACUGUGAAUGUGAUUUUUCAGAGAUCCUCUCAGAAUAAAUGAAACUGGUAGUUACAAUUACGAUGGUUUUGUUGGCGCAUAUUAGACUAUUUGUAUAUCUUGUCCUUGUAACUGGAAUUUAUAAUGUUAAGGCCUGGACUUACCAUUACAACAUAACCAUUAAUAUGGACUGGACAACAGCUCGUCAGUGGUGUCAGAAGCAUUACACUGAUAUGGUGGCCAUCCAAAACCAUGCAGAAGUUGAAUACCUCAACCAAGUUCUACCUUUCAAUAAAGGAUACUAUUGGAUUGGCAUUAGGAAGAUUAAUGGUAACUGGAUGUGGGUUGGGACCAAAAAGAACUUGGACCCUGAAGCAGAAAACUGGGCAGAAAAUGAACCAAAUAACAAGGGAUCUGAACAAGACUGUGUAGAGAUCUACAUUAAGAGGACCAAAGAAACAGCCAAGUGGAAUGAUGAGAGGUGCAGCAAAAAGAAAGCAACUGUCUGUUAUUUAGCCUCCUGCUCAAAAGAAUCCUGCAGUGAGCAUGCUGAGUGUGUGGAGAAUAUUGGGAGCUACGAAUGUCAGUGUCUCCCAGGUUUCACGGGGCCACGCUGUGAGGAAGCUGUCCAGUGUCUGCCCAUAAUUGAUGUCCCUGGUGGUUGGAUGAACUGCACUCACCCUCUUUCCAUUCAUAGCUUCAACUCAAGUUGUGACUUCAAGUGUGAGGAAGGAUUCGAGCUCAAGGGCUCAAAUACAACCUGGUGUGACCAGACUGGGAAGUGGACACACAAACCCCCCACUUGCCAAGUUGUAAAGUGUGAUCCACUGAAGCCCGUGUCACAUGGCUCGCUGCAGUGUUCUGACCCUGUAGAGUUUGCUUAUGGCUCCAGUUGCUGGUUAAAAUGUGAUUUUGGUUUUGCCCACAAUAGUACAAAUUCCACUCACUGUACCAAAGAGGGAAAGUGGAGUCACAUCCCUCCUGUUUGCCAAGCUAUACAGUGUCCGCCACUCUCUGAUGCACCAAGUUAUGGAAGCAUAACCUGCACACACCCUCUCUCCACCAACAGCUACAACUCCAGCUGUGAGUUUAAGUGUGAAGAGGGUUUUUUGCUUAAAGGUGCAAAUUCCACGCACUGUGAUCAUACUGGGCACUGGACACACAGCACCCCGAGUUGUACAGCUGUGGCUUGUGACCCUCUCGUGACCCCUGCAAAGAGCCAUCUGACAUGUGCUGAUCCACUGGGAAUGUUCUCUUUUCGUUCUUCUUGUAUCACUACUUGGUCAGCACCAACACCUGUAUGCCAAGUUAUAAGAUGUGAUGCUCUGGAGUCUGGGCAGCAUGGCUCUCUGCACUGUCAGGACCACCUGGGAAAAUUCAGCUAUGGUACCCUGUGCUGGCUGGAGUGUGGAGCUGGAUUUACAUUAAAUGGAAGUAAUUCUACUUCCUGCACCUCACAAGGAAAAUGGAGCCAUGAAUUUCCUGUUUGUCAAGUGGUGACCUGCAAUGCAAUCUUGGCUCCUGCAAAUGGUCAUCUGACAUGUGCUGAUCCUUUGGGGAAAUUCUCUUUUCGUUCUUCUUGUAAUGUUUCCUGUGAUGAGGGAUACAAAAUUAGAGGAAAAGCUACACUCACUUGUCUAAGUGAUGGUAUUUGGUCAGCACCAACACCUGCGUGUGAAGUUGUAAAGUGUGAUCCACUGAAGCCCGUGUCACAUGGCUCGCUGCAGUGUUCUGACCCUGUAGAGUUUGCUUAUGGCUCCAGUUGCUGGUUAAAAUGUGAUUUUGGUUUUGCCCACAAUAGCACAAAUUCUACUCACUGUACCAAAGAGGGAAAGUGGAGUCACAUCCCUCCUGUUUGCCAAGCUAUACAGUGUCCGCCACUCUCUGAUGCACCAAGUUAUGGAAGCAUAACCUGCACACACCCUCUCUCCACCAACAGCUACAACUCCAGCUGUGAGUUUAAGUGUGAAGAGGGUUUUUUGCUUAAAGGUGCAAAUUCCACGCACUGUGAUCAUACUGGGCACUGGACACACAGCACCCCGAGUUGUACAGCUGUGGCUUGUGCCCCUCUCGUGACCCCUGCAAAGAGCCAUCUGACAUGUGCUGAUCCACUGGGAAUGUUCUCUUUUCGUUCUUCUUGUAUCACUACUUGUGAGGAGGGAUACACACUGAGAGGAGAAACCACACUCACUUGUUUGAGUGAUGGCAGCUGGUCAGCACCAACACCUGUAUGCCAAGUUAUAAGAUGUGAUGCUCUGGAGUCUGGGCAGCAUGGCUCUCUGCACUGUCAGGACCACAUGGGAAAAUUCAGCUAUGGUACCCUGUGCUGGCUGGAGUGUGGAGCUGGAUUUACUUUAAAUGGAAGUAAUUCUACUUCCUGCACCUCACAAGGAAAAUGGAGCCAUGAAUUUCCUGUUUGUCAAGCACGGCAAUGCAACCCCUUAAUUAAACCCUCUCAUGGCACUGUAACCUGCACUCAUCCUAAUGGGCAGUUCAGCUUCGGUACAGUGUGUAAUGUGAGCUGUCAGGAAGGCUUCAAACUACAUGGGACACCCCAAAUAGAGUGCUCGGAGAUGGGGAAGUGGACAGACACCCCAGCCUUCUGCUCAGCUCAACAGUGCCCCCAUUUGGCCGCUCCAGUAAAUGGCUGGUUGAACUGUUCUCAUCCUCACUUCUCGUUUAGCUAUGGUUCACGAUGCUUCCUGGGAUGUGAGACUGGCUUUGAGAUUACAGGAGUGCCAGUCAUGGAAUGCUCUGCUUCUGGGAACUGGAGUCAGGAGAUGCCCUAUUGUGCUGCUGUUCGUUGUGAUCCCCUUUCACUCUCUCAUCUUCCGGAGCUGGGAACUCCACCCUCAAUGAACUGCUCUCACCCCCAUGGAAACUUCAGCUUUGGAUCUCAGUGUACGUUCCAGUGUGCCGAGAGCCAGAAGCUCAGUGGAACCAGUCAGCUCAGCUGCACCUCCAGUGGGUACUGGACCAACUCUCCACCAAGUUGUGUUGUAAAGGAGAUGUCAGUAGGUGCCGGCAUGCUGAUGUAUGCAGCUGUGGGAGCUGCUUCUUCCGCUGGUCUACUUCUAUUCGGAGGACUAAUGUUUCUGUUGAUGCGCCAAUUGUUUAAAAAGAGUAAAAAACUGAUUGAUCCUGUUCCACCCUUGGAACAACCGUUUUUAUACUAAUAAAAAUUGUCAUUUAUUGGGAUUUGACUAAAGUAGUUGGUUGGUAUUUAACAAUGUACUUUACAUUUAACAACAUACUUUAUUUAGUGCUUGCAAACUGUUUAAAUGUUUAGCUUUAGUACAUUUAUUCAUUUAGCUGACGCUUUUAUCCAAAGCGACUUAUAAUUGCUAUAUAUGUCAGAAGUGGCACGCCUCUGGAGUAACUAGGGGUAAAGUGUCUUACUCAGAGACACAUUGGUGUCUCACAGUUGAUUCUAACCCGGAUCUCUCACACCAAAGGCAUGUGUCUUAUCCACUGCACCAACACCACCCCAACCACCUUUAGCAUGUACUAUUCUAAUAAAUCGCAACAUGGACCAGUCCCAUCACUUCCAGGAACAAUUUAGCACUAAACUUGUUCAACUGUUGUUCCAAACCUGUAUGACUUAAUAUCUUCUGUGGAACAUACAAGACGAUACUUCUUAUUGUUCUUUUUGUCCAUACAAUAUAAGUCAAUGUUAACCAAAAUGUUUACCAACAUUUCUCAAAAUACAAAUUCAUACAGAUUUGGAACAACAUGAGGGCAAGUAUGACAGAAUUUUUCAGUUAUCUUAACUAAAUGAAUUCUUCUCCACUGCAGCUAAUUACAGUCUGACUGACUCUUGAUGGGAAGAGAAUUUGAACCCAACAUUUGAAUUCUGUUAAAAUAAAUAUACAUUUAAGUAAAGUAACUGAUAUUUUCCAUCUAGUUUUGUGCUUGCAAUAAAUAAAAAACUGAACUG